AUGUCGACGCAAAUCCGCCUCCGCCGUCAGCAGGACCGUCAAUUCCAGCGCACAACUGAUGCCGCCAUGGCCACGCUUAUCAUCGAGAAAAAGGAUCUGAAUAUGGAGCAGCUGAGCACGUGCUACGUCUGCCAAAAGUGCAAAAACCACGGUCUCCUCAAGUGGAAAAAGGACCACAAGAAGCAGUGCGCCUACCUGAAAUGUGGUUGUGCUCAAUGCCAAUUGAUCGACACGAGAAGGGCGUUGGAUAGGACCAUCAAAGAAGAGCGGUGCCGAGCCGGGCCCAGCCACGAGAAUCAAACCACCAAAGGCGCAAAGCCCCAGGAAAUCGCGUUCAAACCGGAAGCCGCAGAAGAAGAACGCGCACAACCCUUCAAAGAAUACUGGCAUCCCAUUCACAUCACGCCUCAGCCCUCUCCCCUGAACUAUGGAUGGAUGGUGUAUAUGCCGACACAAUCACCCUCUUAUCCGGCUUGUUAUCACCCAGACAACGACGAUUUGAAGCCACCAAACCCAAACAGUCACCAUCAAAAACGCCCGUUCACCAUAGAAUCCAUUCUAUGCUUACAGUCUGAAAUC